AUGAAUGGCAAAAUUUCAUUUAAAAAUCCCGACAAAAUAUUCUGGUUAAUGGAAAGACAUAUUGAUUCAUCACUUGUGCGAGAAAAAAAAUUACAAGAAAAAGCUUUGAUAGAAAUUUUCUUUGGAGUGGAAGUAGCAAGGGCAAAAUCUUCUGCUAGAAUUUCCCAAAAGAAAAAUUAUUUGCUAUAGUUUGAUUUAAGAAACAGAGCUUAUUUAGGUCCUACAUCCACAGAUCAUAUGUUGUCUUUUUUAAUGACUAAUUAAGCACAAGUCAAGUAAAAUUAAAUUGUUUUUGACCCUUUUGUGGGUACUGGAUCCUUACUUAUUCCUGCUUCUUUUUAUAAUGCUAUUACUUAUGGAUCAGAUAUAGAUCCUAGAGUUAUUUAAGGAAUGGGAGUUGGAAGAUUUAAUAAAUAAUCGAAGUUUUAUUAAGAAAAUAAUGAUUUAUGUCAUACUUAUAUGCCUAAAAUUCAUGUUAAUUUUAUAUAAUAUGGGUUAAGUUGUCCUGAAAUUAUUAGAAUGGAUUGUAAUAAUAUAUCUUUGAGAGAUAUAAAGGCAUUUGAUGCUAUUAUUUGUGAUCCGCCUUAUGGAUUUAGGGCUAUGGUUAAAACUUCAGUUAAUUAAAAGGAUAUUGAAGAAGAAGUUGAUAAUUAAUUAUAGAAAGAAGAAAUUUUUAAAAAUAAUAAUAAUUUUUAAAAAAAUAAUGAGAAAAAUAUUAAAGAUAAUAUUUAAGAUAAUAAUGUUAUUAUAUAAGAUAAUAACAAUUCAAAAGAUAAUAAUUAAGAUCAUAUUAUUCUCCUUAUAAAUUACUGUUACAGUAUUAAAAAUUCAAAUUUUUUAAAAAAUAAAAAAUUAUGGGACUAUACAAAGGCCUAAAACCGUCCACUAGUAAUUGCACAUAGAGGAUAUGCAUCUUUGUUUCCUGAAAAUACUCUAGAAUCCUUCCAUGCAGCACUUUAUAGUGGCGUUGAUAUGGUUGAACUCGAUGUUUAAUUAACUAAAGAAAAAUUAAUAUUAGUAUCACAUGAUGCAUAUCUUUCUAGAUAAACAGAUAUAUAGGAAAAACCUGAAUUUUCUUCCAGAAAAACUACAAAAACUUAUUAUGGAGAAUAGAUAAAUGAUUGGUGGAUAUGUGAUUUUACAAUAUAAGAAUUAAAAACAUUAAAAAUAAGAUAGAAUUAAGUAAAUGGUAGAAAUUAAGAAUUAAACAAAUUUUUUACUUUUCCUUUACUAUCUGAAGUUAUAGACUAGGUUUUGGAAUUUAAUUAAUAAACAUAAGGAUCAAGAAAUAUAGAUUCAAGAUUAUAAGGCAUUGUUAUUGAAUCCAAAGAUCGAGAUUUUCAUAUUGAGCAAUUUGGGCUUGAAUAGGGCUAAUUAAUAGUCGAUUUGUUAAAAUAAUAUGGGUUAGAAACAUUUGAAAAAGCAGGUUUAUCUGCUCCUAUUAUUUUGCAUUCUUUCGAUGAACCUACAGUCUAAUUAUGGCAUAAAAUUACUAAUUUACCGAAUAGUUAAUUAGUUAAAAUGAAGAGUAUACCUCAUCCAUUUGAUGAAAUAGUUAAAUAUGCAGGAAUUGUAGGGAUAGAUAUAAAAGAUAUAUAUGAUAACUAAAAACAGUAAUCUAGCGGAGCGGUAGAAAGUGCAAAAGAAAGCGGAUUAAUGGUACAUGUUUGGGCUUUUAGAGAUGAUUAUGUUACUUUUGGAAAAGAUUGGGUUGAUUAGUAUACUAUUGCAAUUAAAAAUUUGAAAUUAGAUGCUAUUAUUACUGAAUUUCCAGAAGCAGCAAUAAGUAUAUCUAUUUUGUAUAGAAAAUUGAAUUAAAAUAAUACUUAAAUUUGUUAGUAUUGA